AUGCCAAAACUAGCCAUUAUUAAAUGGUUUUCAAGACUAAUUGUAGACAUCUGCUUUGCAAAAUCCAAAGAAUUUUGGACUGUGUAUUCAUUGGCGCACACCGUCAGCGAUCCGAGGCACACACCCGUCAGCGCCCACGAGCACACACCCGUCCAGCGAUCACGAGCACCACAACCGUCCGCCGAUCACGGGCACCCUCCAGCGAUACGAGCACACAUUCCCUCCAGCAUCCGGGCAACAACCCGUCUCAGCGCCACUAGGCACACCCCGUCAGCGAUCACGAGUCAACACCCGUCCAGGCCUCACGAGGACACACCCGUUCCACGAUCACGAGGCACACACCCCGUCCAGCGAUCACGAGGCACAAUCCCAUCAGCGAUCACGAGCACACACCCCGUUCCACGAUCACGAGGCACCACAGAUCACGAUACGAGGAACACACCCGCAGCGAUCCAGGCACCACCCGUUCACGAUCCGAGCACACACCCGUCCGCAUCACAGGCACACAUCCCAUCCAUGCGAAUCACGAGGCAACACCGUCCAGCAUCACAGCACAAUCCCAUCAUGCAUCACAGGCACAACCCGUUCCGCGACACGAGCAACCUACCCGUCCAGGAUCAUCAGGCACAAACCCAUCCAGCGAUCACGGGAAUCAUCACAUCACAGCACACAUCCGUCCAGCGAUCACGAGGCACACACCCCGUCCCGAUCACGAGGCACAUCCAUCCAGCGAUACAGGGCACACACCCCGUCCUAGCGACCGAGGACAUCCCCCGGGAUCACGGCAACAUUCCCGUCCAGCGUCCGAGGCACCACCCGUCAGCGAUCACACCACACCGUCUCAAGCGACCCGAUGGCACACACCCCGUUCAGCGACCGCACAACCCGUCAGCGUCACGAGGCACCACACCCCAUCCAUGCGAUCACGAUGGCACCCCCGUCAAGCGAUCACGAGGCACACACCGUCCAGAGCCCCCGAUCCAGGCACACACCCCUCCAGCGAUCACCGAGGCAACAGACCAUCCAGCGAUCACUAGGACACACCCGCCGGACAGCAACACCCGCCGCGAUAACGAGCACACACCCGUCAGCGAUCACGAGCACCACCGGUCGCGAUACGAGACACCCCCAGCGAUCACGGCACACACCCGUUCAGCGUCACGAGACAACCCGAUCCAGCGAUCACGAGUCAACACCGUCACGAUCCGAGGCAGACACCCGUCCAAGCAGUCCCGAAGCCCAUCCUUCAUGCAUUACGAGCACCACCCCGUCACGAUUCACGAGCACAACCCCGUCCAUGCGAUUCACGAGGGCAACACCCCUUCCGAUCACCACGAGGCACACCCGUCAGCGACCACGAAGCAACACCCGUCCAUAUCUGAUGCACACACCCGUCAGCGAUCACGAGGCACAACCCCGUCGCGAUCCGAGGCACACACCCUUCAGCGAUCACUAGGACACACCACCACGACCACGGCACAAUCCCUCCACGAUCACGAGGACAUCCUUCAUCGAUCACGAGCACACAUCCGUCCACUAUCACGUGGCACUAAUCCCGAUCCAGCGAUCCCCCCCACCGAUGCAAACCCAUCAGCGAUCACGAGGACCACCCGUCAGCUUCCAGCACAACCCCGUCAGCAUCACGAGCACAAUCCCAUCAUCGAUCCGGACACAUCCUCCAGCGAUCACGGGCACACACCCGUCAGCGAUCAGAGCACAAUCCACAGCGAUACGGCAAUCCAUCCGCGAUCACGAGGCACACACCCGUCCAAGCGACCACAGGCACCACCGGCCGUCCGAGGCACAAUCCCGUCCAGCGUCACAGGCACAUCCGUCCAGCGGAUCACGAGCACACACCCGUCCACGAUCACGAUCAUCACACCCUAUCCACGAUCCACGAGCAACACCCCGUCCAGCGACACGAGCACACCCUCAGCGAUCACGAGCACACACCCGUCACGAUCACGAGCACACACCCCGUCCAGCGAUUCACGAGCACAACCCCGUCAGCGAUCACGAGUACCACCCCCAGCGCACCACAACCGUCAGCGACACGAGCACCAUCCGCAGAUCACACGAGGACACAUCCCUCCAGCGACACGCACAAUCCAUCCACCACGGCAAACACAUUCCCCGUCCAGCGAUCAGAGGCAUCACUACCCGUCAGCUAUCACGAGGCACACAUCCCGUUCCAGCGACCACGAGGCACACACCCGUCCAGCGAUCACGAGGCACACAUCCCGUCCAGCGACCACGAGGCAACCCGUCCACGGCCGAGCACCACCCUCCACGAUUCACGAGGCACACCCGUCAGCGACCACGAGGACUCCCGUCCAGCGACACGAGAACACAUCCGUCCAGAAUACGAGCACCCCCCGUCACCGAUUCCGAGGGCCAACCCGUUCCACGGACCACGAGACCUACGAUCACGAGCACAUCAUUCCGUCCAGCGAACGAGGCACACACACCCCGUCCAGCGGAUCACGAGACACAUCCCGUCCAGCGACCGAGCAAACCCCGAUCCGACACGAGGCACACACCCCGUUCCAGCAUCCACGAGGAAACCCUGUCCAGCACACGAGCACCACACCCCGCUCCACGAUCACGAGCACACACCCCGUGUCCAGCGGACACGAGACCACAUUCCGGUCCACGCGACACGAGGCACACUCCGUCGCGAUCACGAGCACACACCCGCCAGCGAUCAUCGAGUCACAACCCGUCCAGCGACCCGGCACAAAUCCGUCCAAAGCGACUCAGAGCACACACCCCGUCCAGCGAUCACGAGGCACACAUCCCUCCAGCGAUCAUCGAGCACACAUCCCGUCCACGAUCACGAGGCACAACACCCGUCAGCAUCACGCACACAUCCCGUCCGCUAUAAGCGAGCACCUACACCCCAUCAGCGAUCCACAAGGCACACUUCCCGUCCAGCGAAUCACGAGGCACCACACCCCGUCAGCAUAUCCGAGGCCACACCCCGUUCAGCAUCACAGGCACACCCGUCCAGCAACACGAGCACACACCCGUCAGCGACCACGAGCCACACACCCCGUCAGCGACCACGAGGCACAUCCCCGUCCAUCGAUCAGAGGCACACACCCGUCCAUCGCACGAGGCACACACCCCGUCCAGCGAUUCACAGAUGCACCACAACGUCCAGCGGACACGAGGCAAACAUCCGUUCACGCCACGAGCAAACAUCCCGUCCACAUCCGAGCACAAUCCCGUCACGAUAACGACGGGACACACCCUUUCCACGCAUCACGAAGCACCCACCCGUUCAGCGAUUCACUGAGACACACCCCGUCCAGCGAUCACGAGGCACACACCGUCAGCGUCACGAGCACAAUACCCGUCCAGACCACGAGGCACACCCACCCGUCCAGCGCAACCACGGGCACCACCCGUCAGCGAAUCAGCACACACCCCUCCAGCAUCACGAGGCACACAUCCCGUCCACCGAUCACGAGGACUACACCCCUAUUCCAGCCGAUCACGAGCACAACCCCGUCCAGCGAUCAGAUGCAACACACCAGUCCAGCGACACGAUUCACCACCCGUUCCAGCGAUCACGAGGCACACACACCCGUCCAGCGACACGAGCACACACCCGUCAGCAUUCAGAGGCACACCCCUCCAGCGACCACGAGGCACACACCCACCGCCAGCGAUCACGAUGACACACCCCAGCGAUCCGAGCGACCACGAGGCACACACCCCGUCCAGCGACCACGAGGCACACACCCCGUCCAGCGAUCACGAGACAACCCGUCCACGACACAGCUAUCAAGCACCCGUCCAGCGAUCACGAGGCACACCCAUCCGACGAUCACGCGCACACACCUCGUCCCACGAUCCAGGCACAACCCGUCCACGACCACGGGGCCACACCCCGUCCAGCGAUUCACGAGGCACAACCCCGUCAGCGACCACGAGGCACACACCCCGUUCCAGCGAUUCACGAGGCACACAUCCGUCCAGCGAUCACGUAGCACACACCGUCCAGCACCACGAGCACACACGCCGUCCAGCGAUCACGAGCCACACACCCGCCAGCGACACGAGCACCACACUCCGUCCAGCGACCACGAGACCACACCCGUCAGCGAUCACGAUGCACACAUCCCCGCACGACCAGAGACCACCCCCGUCCAGCGAUCACGAGGCACACAUCCCGUCCAGCGACCCACGAGACCAACACCCCUGUCCAGCGACACGAGGACACCCCGUCCACGAUCACGAGGCAAACACCCCGUCCAGCUAUCACGAGGCACACACCCGUCCACGCACCGAGGCACACCACCCCGUCCAUCGAUCCGAGUACACCACACCCCUCAGCGAUCCAACAGGGCACACUACCCCGUCCAGCGAUACGGCACACACCCCGAUCAACGUAACCACGAGGGCACACUACCCAGUCCAUCUAUCACCGAGGCACUACACCCAUCCAGCGAUCAGCACACACCCCGUCAGGACCCGAGCACAACCCCGCAUCAGCGCAAUCACGAGGCCACACAUCCCCGUCUCAGUUCGACCACGAGCCACACCCGUCCAGCAAUCACGCAGCAACCCCCGGCCAGCGACCACGAGCACACACAACCCGACCAGCGAUCACGAGCAAACACCCCGUCCAGCGAUCACGAGCACCACAAUCCGCCACGCGACCCACAGGCACAAUCCCGUUCCACAAUCACGCAGCACACACCCCUCCAGCGACACGAGCACACACCCGUCACAGCGGAUCACCGAGCACACACCCACUUCCAGCGAUACGAUGGCACAAUCCUCCAGCGAUCACGAGGCACACAUCCCGUCCAGCGAUCACAGACACUCCCAUCCACGAUCAAGAGGCACACAUCCCAUCCAAGGACACGGGCACACAUACGGUCCAGCGAUCACGAGCAACACCCCACGUCCCGCGCAUCACGACACCACAACCCGAAUCACGAAUCACGGGACACAUCCGUUCCGACGAUCACAGCACAACAUCCGUCCACGUUCACGACGGCAACAUCCCCAUCCACCAUCCGAAGUCACACAUUCCCCAUCCAGCGACCACGAUGCACCAUCCCGAUCCAGCCGAUCCACGAGGCACAACCGUCCAAGCAUCACGAGGACACACACCCAUCCAGCGAUCACGAGACACAUCCCCCAGAAUCACGAGGUCCACAUCCAACGUCCAGCGAUCACGAUGCGAACAAUCCGCCAGCGAUCACAGACCACACCCGUCCAGCGAUCCGCAGUUCACAACACCCCAUCCAGCGACACGAGCACACAUCCGUCACGAUCACUAGACACUCCUCACGAUCCGAGGCACCACCAUCCCAGUCCAAGCGACCACGAUCACACAUCCCCUUCCACACCACGAGCACAAUCCCUCCACGAUCACGAUGCACAUCUCGCCGUCCACUCACGAGCACACACCCCCGUCAGCGGAUCACGAGGCACAAUCCAUCCAGGACCCGAGCCACACCCAUCCAGCGACCACGAGGCACACAUCCCGUCCAGCGAUCACGAGGCACACUCCACAAUCCACGAUCACGCAAGACACAUCCCAUCAUCGAUCACCAGGCACAUCCCAUCCAGCGAUUAUCGAUGGCACCACCCGUCCACGACCACGAGGCAAAUCCCGCAUCCAGCGAUCCGAGGCAAAUCCCACUCCACGAUCACGAGGCACACAUCCCGUCACACGAUCACGAGGCAACAUACCCGUCCAUGCAUCCGAGGACACACCGUCAGCGACACGAGACAACACCAUACCACCACGACCACAGGCACACAUCCCAUCCUAGCGAUCACGAGGCACACAUUCCAUUCCAGCGAUCACGAGGCACCAUCCCUUCCACAUCACGAGGCACACAUCCCAUCCAGCGAUCACGAGCACCACACCGCUCCAUCGACACGACCACUCCAUCUCGAUCAGCGAGAGCACAAUCCCAUCCAGCAUCCGAGCACACACCCCCGGUCCAGCAUCCGAGUCACAACAUCCCGUCCAAACACGACCGGCACACAUCCCGUCCACGCGUCACGAUGCACCACACCCGUCCAGCAGAUCAACGCAGCACACACCCGUCCAGCGAUCAAGCACACACCCUCCAGCAUCAGGGCAACACAUCCUCAGCGUCACUAGCCACACCCGUCAGCGAUCACGACAGGCACAAUCCACGUCCAGCAAUCCGUAGCACACACCCCGUCCAGCAUCACAGGCACAGCCUCCAUCAGCUGAUCACAGGCAACCACCCGUCACCGAUCACGAGACACAAAACCUAUCCAGCGAUCACGACGGCACACACCCCGUCCAGCAAUUCACUAAGGCACACACCCAUCCAGCGAUCACAGGCCACACCCGUCAGCGAUCACGAGCACAAUCCGUCCGCAUCACGAAUAACAUACCGUCCAGCAAUCACGCACCACCACCCGUCCACGUAUCACGAGGACACACCCAUCACAGAUCACGAGGCACCACACCCCGAUCCAGCGAUCCAACGAGGCAACAUCCCAUCCAGCGAUCAACGAGGACAACACCCGUCCAGCGAUCACGAGGGCACACACCCCGCUUCCAGCCAAUCACUGGGCACAAUUACCUUCAAGCGAUCCGAGAACACAUUCCCGUCCAGCAUACGCAGGCACACAUCCCGCUCCAGCGAUCCGGGCACAAACCCCGCUCCAGCGAAUACGAGACACCACCCCGUCCAGCGAUCCGAGGCACACACGACCAGCAAGGCACACCACUCCCUUGUCCAGCGACACGAGGCACACAUCCCGCUCCAGCGAUCACGAGGCACACCAUCCCCUUCAGCCGAUCACGAGGCACACACCCUCAUCCAGCGAUCCACGAGCAACCACCCCGUCCGAUCACGAGCACACACCCCUCGCAGACGAAUCACCGAGCACACCCGUCCAGCGAUCACGAGGCACACACCCCGUCCAUCACGGACACAUCCCGAGGGAGCACACAUCCCGUCCAGCCGAUCACGAGGCACACAUCCCGUCCACGAUCACGAGGCACACAUCCCGUUCCAGCCGAAUCACGAGGCACACAUCCCGUUCCAGCGAUCUACGAGGCACAAUCCGUCCCAGCAUACACGAGGCACACACUCCGUCCCAAGCGAAUUAACGAGGCACACAUCCGUCCACGAUUCACGAGGCAACACAUCCGAUCCAACGCCACGAGGCAUCCACACCCAUCCACAUCACGAGGCAACACCCCGCCACGAUUCACGACGCACACAACCCGUCACAUCACAGCACACACCCGUCCAGCAACACGACGGCACCACACCCGCCAUCAUCAGAGGCACACACGUCAGCGUCACUAGCAAAACACCCCGUCACCUCACAGGCACACACCCCGCAUCCAGCGACCACGAGGAAAACACCCUCGCCACGCACGAGCACACACCCCGUCCAGCGAUCACCGAUCACGAGCACACACCCUCCGCAUCACGAGCGCAUCACACGUCCCGAACGGCACACAUCCGUCCAGCGAUCACGAGCACACAUCCCCGUCCAGCGACACACGCACACUAUCCCGCUUCCACGAUCACGAGAACACAUCCCAUCACGACCACCGAGGCACACACCUCCUCGUUCCACCGAUCACGAGCACAACUCACCCGCGUCCAAGCAUCACGUAGCACACAUUCCCGUCAGCGACACGAGCACACUAGUCCCGUCCAGGCACCACGAGGCAACAUCCCGUCAGCGACCACGAGGCACGCAUCCCUCAGCGAUCACGAGCCACCCCCCGUCCAGCGCCACGAGGCACAGCCCUUCACGCCACGAGGCACACACCCCGUCCAGCACCACAGAGGCACACACCCCGCUCCAGCGACCACGAGGCACACACCCCGUCCAGCGACCACGAGCGAUCCCGCCCACGAGGCACACAUCCCGUCCAAGGCACACACCCCCGUCGAGGCCACACCACCCCCGUCCAGCGCCCACGAGGCACACACCCCAUCAGCGCCACGCAGCACACACCCCAUCCAGCGACCACGAGCACACACCCGUCCAGCGCCCCGACACACAUUCACGACCACAGGCCACACCCGGUCCACGCCAGAGGCACACCGCGAACCCUCGACCGCAGAUAGACCUGUCCGCGACACUCACGACCGGAAUGCGACAGUUGCGUGCCCGGUCGCCUCCCACGGCCGUGUCCCCGCGUCGCUUACGUCGUCGGCCGAGGACUUUACGAGCCUCGAGUCCAGUUUUUACCCGUCCGGCAGAAUUAGAUGCGGGAAUACAGCGCCGAGAACAGAGAUGGACUCCUGA